AUGACGACGCUAUAUUCGUUGGGCGGACCAAGCAUCAGCGACCGAGCUGCGGCGAUACGAAGUGCGUUAGGCCUACCGUCCAGUACAUGUAGUACCAGUGAACGUCUCUCUCCGCUGGUGAAUUCCAAUGGCAAGACGCUGUUGCAGGACGUAUUAUCUACGGAACCGAACAAACGUCAAAGGUUGGAUAAUACCGCUAACAGCAGUGGCUUGGGUAGCACAAGCACGAAUCUGAAUUACAAGUACCAGACCGCACUUCGUCGAAUCAUCGACUUGGAAGAGCAAACAGAGUCGUCUUCCCCUACGGUGCUCGAAGAAGACCUGAUGGCAGCGCGCCUUCAAAAGAUGAAGGAAGGCAAAUACUUGUCUCCGAAAGAAAAGGUCAAGCCGUCCCCGCCAAAGGUGUCGUAUUUGACAGAAGGUCUGGUGGCGUCGAGAUUCCAACAAAUGAAGAAACUCAAGGCGGCGACGGAAGCAUCUCAGAAGAAGGAUGCCGCUCUCCAGAGGGAAGUCGCCCUCAAGAAGGCGGCCCGCGAGUUUGCUCUCAAGAAGGAAGCCCGAGAAUUUGCCCUCAAGAAGGAGGUGGAGAAGGAGGAGACUGUGAACGAAUGCCCUGGGAUCUGCACGUCCACCAAUAUGAUGAAGAUGAUUCCGUUCGUAGCCGUCAAGGCCGAGAGUGAAGACGAGGCUAUUUUGAGAUUUGCUCGCCUUAUCUACUGA